AAAAGCCGUGAAGAUCUUAUUCCCAUUGGCGAUCGUACACUUGAAAUCGAAUCUAUACGCGAGCGUUUGUCGAGCUGAUAAAGUGUAACUCCUGUUCCUUACUCUUUUAUCAUUCGUAGAGAAUAAAUUUUCUGCAACUCUUUCUACAGGAACUUGAAGUUAUGACUGCUGCUGAACUUGAAGCGGGUGUGUCUCGUGAACCUGAUGAAUCAGAGAUGAAUCUUUUCAAAGAUAACGGUAGUCAAAGCGUUGUCUCUCAACUUCUUGAUCAUAUCAACAGCCACGAGACGAGUUCCCAACGUAGAGGAGGCUUUAGCGAAAGGUUUCUCAGAUGGAGACGGAGAUAUCUUCCGGUUGGUGGAGAUAACAGACGUGACCAUGGCUCUCUGAAACAUUCAGGACCCCUUGUUUCUGGAGCAGCUUACUGUAUCUCUUCAUGCAGUAUGAUACUCAUGAACAAAGUUGUUCUCUCCACCUAUAAUUUCAAUGCAGGAAUCUCUUUGAUGUUGUAUCAAAACUUAAUCAGCUGUUUGGUGGUAGCUCUAUUAAAAUUCUCUGGAGUGGUUUCAGUUGAAAAAUUUAACUGGAAGUUGAUCAGAGUUUGGUUGCCAGUCAAUGUUAUCUUUGUUGGUAUGCUGAUCUCUGGGAUGUACAGUUUGAAAUAUAUAAACGUUGCUAUGGUGACUAUUCUGAAGAACGCAACGAAUAUUAUUACAGCGAUAGGAGAACUAUACAUGUUCCGCAAAAGGCAGAACAACAAAGUUUGGGCUGCAAUGUUCAUGAUGAUCAUCUCUGCAAUCAGUGGAGGCAUCACGGAUCUCACGUUCAAUGCGGUAGGGUACACGUGGCAGACUGCCAAUUGCGUUCUAACCGCUAGUUAUUCACUUACUCUGCGUAGAGUCAUGGACAAAGCAAAACAGUCCACAAAAUCAGGGUCCCUUAAUGAGGUGUCAAUGGUGCUGCUUAAUAAUCUCUUGUCACUACCUUUUGGCAUCACCUUGGUCAUCUUGCUUGGGGAAUGGAGAUACGUAAUAAGCACUGAUGUGACAAAAGAUGCAAUGUUUUGGGUGGUCGCAACAGCAAGCGGCUUCCUUGGUCUGGCCAUCAGCUUCACAUCUAUGUGGUUCUUGCAUCAAACCGGACCCACAACAUACAGUCUGGUGGGUUCAUUAAACAAGGUUCCGAUAUCAUUAUCGGGUCUUGUACUCUUCAAUGUCCCUCUCAGUCUCCCAAAUUUGUUCAGCAUACUUUUUGGUUUAUUUGCUGGAGUUGUCUUUGCCAGAGCCAAGAUGUCCUAAACCGUAUUUCCAAGCCGGAGUUGAACUCUUCAGAGACUGAAGAGAACUGAAGAGAACAAAUAAACAAAGAAAAACCUAGAGAGGUUUCUUGAUCUGCAGCUAAUAGUUUCAACUUUGAAUACAAUUUUUCUUCAAUAUACAACGGUAGAACUUAGGGUUUACCAUUAGUACAGAUAGUAAUUCUAUAUUCUCAAAAGGAUCACACAUUCAAAAUUUUCUAAACGUAAUAAAACACUACUGUUUUGACUUUU